AUGAGCAACAAGACCGAUAGCGAGUGGCGAGCCGUUCUGUCGCCAGAGCAGUUCCGUGUUCUGCGCGAGAAGGGCACCGAACGUCCCCACACCGGCAAGUACAAUUCCACGUUCGACAACGGCACCUACAACUGUGCUGGCUGCGACGCUCCUCUGUACACGUCCAAGGCCAAGUUCCGAAGCUCGUGUGGAUGGCCUGCUUUCUACGAGGCCAUUCCGGGCGCUCUGAAGCUCAAUGUCGACAAGACUUUGGGAAUGACCCGAACUGAGAUGGUCUGUGCCAACUGUGACGGCCAUCUGGGCCACAUUUUCAAGGGCGAGGGCUACGAUACCCCUACCGACGAGCGACAUUGCGUCAACUCGGUUUCGUUGAGUUUCAAACCUGAAUAG